GUGUAGAAGCCUGUUCUCUGGUGUGAACUCAAUACCUUUGCACUGACUGGACUACUAUAAUAAACUGCUGGCUAACAGAGAAGGUGUUAUUCCUAUAAACGCGAACCGAUGAUAAUGAAGGUGCUGCCAAGGUCUUGCUGGUUGUUUAUAUUAUGGAUUCUCGCAUUCAGCAGUACCGGAGAAAGCUCACAAGGUGUCGUGCGCGUGUACCCAUUAAUUGUGAAAGUGCAUUUCGAGAUCGACGAAAUUCUGUUUCUGGACGACGAUUCCCAACGAAUGGGCCUCAGGAUAACGCUCGCAACGCAAUGGAAAGAUCCCUAUCGAACACAUGUUCACACCUCCGACAAAAAUGUACCUUCGAAAAACGAAUUCGACCCGGAGCUGUUCAUGGAUGCACAAGACGAAUCAGUCUUACUGCAUCGGUCUACGCAGGUGACCAGCGAAGGCAAAAGACGACAGUCGCAGCGGCUGAUAUCGACUUUUACGUGCAGGAUGCGUUUUAACUGGUUACCUGUUGAUGUACAAAUCUGUUCAAUCACACUGCGUAGCGCCAUCUACGAUAAACAUGUCAUAUUUCUUAGCUGGGAAGAUGAUCCCAUCGUGCUGCCGGCUAAUGGGAACAAUGCAAACUUCACGCCGAUCGCAGUAGAAAGCUCACUGGAUGGUGAUUGCUUAAAAAGUGCUGAUGCCACCGACUUUUCCUGUUUGCGCGUCAAAAUUGUCUUUCAACGAAACUAUCACAGAUACCUCAUCGCCUACAUUAUUCCUACAGGUCUUCUUGCUCUUGUCGCCUGGCUCACGCUGUUUAUCCGAUGCUCAUCCAUUCGGGCUCUUAUAAUUGUUGUCUGCAUGUUCACUAUCACCACCUUAAUGUACGCAACCUAUAUGAAUCUUGCAUGUCCAUGGUGCCUGAAACUACUUGACGCGUGGACUCUGACCUGCGGAGGUAUUGUAUUCUUUUGUCUUCUUGAGUUUCUAGUUGUACAGCUUACGUUCAAGCGUCAAGUAUCAGGGCGGAAGAAAUAUACAAUCAACGACAUUAAACCCAAUUGCGUCGACGCAGUGUUUAGAGUGGCUAUCGGAGUCCUGCUAAGCUUUAUGACCAUGUUUUUCUUGGUCUUCAUCUACGUAACCGCUCACGAAAGGAACGGUCGCCUUUAAGUUGAUCACAGACUUCUCAGAACAUUCUGGAUUAUUACAUGUUACGACCUAACAGGCGGGAUUUAAAUAAGCCUUUUUGUAAUUAUAUGCUACGAUAAGCGAUGCUACAUAAUUAAUGUCUUAGAUUCGUACGAUCUCGAUGUUUGUAAGAAGGCUAUGUGACUCAAGCUUUGGUUUUUUUGCGUGGCAUAAACAAUUUUCGAUCACAACUAUGGAAAGACCCAUGCAGAAUUUCACCAUGGAUUUUAUGUAGCGCAGGGCAGACAAAAUUCAAUGUAAGAGCGCGCCAGUUGUGCUUAUUUCUUGCUGGUUACUUUUUAGUUAGAAAACUUAUAACUUCUUGCAGUCUCCUGCAACACAAGUUGGAUUGGAAAAAGUUUGGCAUUUGUUCGUCUACCGGCAACUCCUUCCUAUGUUCUCAGAACACAGUGUACUGUGAGCUAAUUCGACGCUCAUUAGGAGUAUAGCAGGACGACUCUGUGUCGUCUGUCCUUUUUGACAUGGUCGAAAACGGCUUUUUGCGUUCACUGGCAAGCGGAGGGUAAAGAUGUUGAUGUAUGCAAGUAAUUUCUCUACAGCUCGGCAAUGUUAGCGAGCUCUUGGUUCGCUUUGCACGCAAUGUCAAGAUUGUAGAACGUCAACAAAUGCCAGGAAAACCCCAAGUGAGCAAGUUUAGAGCAACUGUACAACACCAACAGAUUAAACAGUAAUACAAUUAUGUAAAGGACACCAGGUACACUUUGUACCCACAAUGGAGACUAGGAAUAAAUCGAAGGUGUUAAGCUUCUUAAGACGAAGGUAAGUUUAGGAACAUCGGAAGCUCCAGAGAAUAUAUCCACAACGAAACAAUAUUAUGUUAGUAAUUCAAGAAUAUUGUUGAAGUGUGAUCUCAACGCUGCCAUAGGGAGAGAAAUCUUGCCUUUGUUUGGAAAAAAUUAUCACAUAUUUUUUAUUAUUACAAAAAAAUUAGUCAAAAAAAGAGAGCCAACGUAAUGGCAGUGCAGCUCGUAGAAAAACAUGACAGAGAUUGUGUCACGGUGUAACCUAUCUGCAAGAAAAAUCUUGCUAUAAGUAUGAAAAGGGAUCGAUGUGUAGACUAUACUUAGAACAAAUUACUGAUGGGUUUCAGUAUAAUAACAUGUAGUGCAUUUUAAGGGGGGAGCAUUAGUGCCGUAUUUAAGGUUGUCAGCUCUGUUUAAUCUGAAAUUUCCAUUAUAUUGUGAUAGUAGAAAAAUUUUCGUAAGCAAAGGCAUCUGAUGCAAAAGAUGUGA